AUUUCCUCAUGAGACUCAAUGAUCCAGGACAACUGCUCGUCGCCAGACUCACUGUACGCUGCUGUGAAUGCGUCAUGGUGCUCCACCAGAGAGGACGAGUGUCACAACAGAACCUGGAGUCAGUCAGACCUCUGUCUGAGCCGCAGCGCUUACCUGGAGAAGUACCUGGGCCCUUGCCGUUCACCCUUCUUCCUGCCCAUGUGCGUCACCUACCUGCUCAUCUUUGUAGUCGGCGUGCUGGGCAACAGCCUGACUUGUAUAGUCAUCGCCCGUCACCGUGUGAUGCGCACAACCACAAACUACUACCUGUUCAGCUUGGCCAUUUCUGACCUCCUCGUGCUGCUGCUGGGUCUACCGCUGGAGCUUUAUGAACUCUGGAGCAACUAUCCCUUUCUGUUUGGCGUCGCUGGCUGCUACUUCAAAACCUGCCUGUUCGAGACGGUCUGCUUUGCAUCAGUGCUAAACGUGACCGCCUUGAGCGUUGAGCGCUACAGAGCGGUGGUGCAUCCUCUGCAGGCCAAACACAUGGCGACGCACGCUCAUGCCAAGCGCGUUAUCCUCUUGCUCUGGGCCAUCUCGCUGAUGUGUGCCUUGCCCAAUACUAGUCUGCAUGGUGUGGAGACAUUAAAUCCCCGUUUUGGACUCACUUUCCCUGAUUCGGGGGUGUGUACAGUAGUGCACGAUAGGUGGAUCUACAACUUGCUGGUGCAGGUGACGGCACUGCUCUUCUUCCUCCUGCCGAUGCUGACCAUCACUGUGUUGUAUGUGCUGAUCGGCCUGCAGCUGCAUCGAGAACGGGACUGUUUUGAUUCAAAGAUCGGGCUCAAUCAGGAUGGGGUAAAUCAGAGGGCACGUCAUCGGCAAGUCACAAAAAUGCUCUGUGCAUUGGUGAUUGUGUUUGGGAUCUGCUGGGCCCCGUUUCACAUCGAUCGUGUCAUGUGGAGCUACAUUGAUGACUGGACUGCAGAGAACCACCAUGUCUUUGAGUAUGUGCAUCUUCUUUCUGGUGUCUUCUUCUACUUGAGCUCAGUGGUCAACCCCAUCCUGUAUAACCUCAUGUCUUCACGCUUCAGAGAAAUGUUCCGUGAGGUGGUGUGUCAAAAAGACCAUCGUCAGCUCUCAAUGAGUAAGGUCACAUUACGUAGCGUUGUUUCUGCCUCUUUUUCUGCCUCUAAUUCUGUCUCGUUUUCUGUCAAAUUCAACUCUCGUGGGCUGCCACACACUCUGUAGUUAUUUUAUUCAAAUACUAUCAUUCAUAGUUUCGCUGUUAAAGUAUUCAAUGCGGUUUAUACAGUUACAUUAAUGAGUGCUCAUGUAAUCAUAU